UGGUUCUAUUACUAGUGCUAGUGCUGUUAAUGUUGAACAGUUUUGGAGUAAAUUAAGUUGUAUUGCUAACAGUACAAGUGUUCCUAAGUACAAAAUUUUACUAAUUUUGUAAAAUGGCUAAUAUGCAUAUCUAUGUCAGACGCUGAAUAUGAAAGAAUUUUUUCAAAAGUUAAUCAUAUAAAAACUAAAUAUAGAAACAGGUUUCUAGCUAAACAUAUUGCGUGCCUGUUGUAUGUUAAGCAAGGUCUAAAUGAGGGGAGUGUAGGUUGUGUCUCAAUUGACCCUUUGAACGAUAUGGUAAAAAAUAAUCCGUCGAAUACUGACUAUUUGUAAUAAAACUUAUUGUAAAUAUUUAUUAUUUUAAUAUGUCUGUAAAAUGAAGGUGUGUAAUUGGUAAAAUUAGAAAAAGUGAUAAUAAGUGUUUUAAUUAAAAUUUUCCUUUUAUACUUUAUAUUUUUGUAUUUUUUUAGUAUAAUUCAGCAAGUGCUGCCACCUUGUAGUUUUAGUAGAUCACCAUUUUUUAAAACGGUCACACUGUUCAUGAGCCAAGUUUAGUAACAACAAACGCGCAUUUAGUUUCAUAAUACCCUUUGGAACACUAUUUUUGACGAAGUCUAAAGCUAAAGCAUAUUAUUAUAAAUUAACUUAUAAACUUGAUACUAAUAUUGUUAUUUUGUUACCACUAUUUAUCAAUAUGGAUAUAAGGGAGGAAGAAGUUAAUGGUAACCACGAUGCCAUUGUUGAUAUUUUGAUUAAAGUGUUUGGGAACGUUGCCAAUCGAGACGUUAUCAGUGCUGUUGUCGAGAACUGUGAUUCUGAUUUGAGUUUGUCAGUAGAAGCUAUGAUGGAUAUCACAAAGGAGUCUACAACACAAGAUGUCACACCAAUGGAAAUGACACCAGUUAUUAAUAAUCCUGUCACUACUCUGAUACGACCAAAUGAGAUAACAAGGGAAAUGGAUAAGCUUACUGAUAUAGAAGCAGUAGUUAUACAACAAGAGAAAAAUAUACAGACAACGCCCGACUCCAAUACUUCUGUGUCAAUUGUCUCACCAGUGGUACUUUCAUCCAAUACAAAUGAAUCAAUCAAUCCCCAAAUACCACAAGCGGAAGGUGUACCUAAUACUCAAGAAAAAUCAUAUUGUUCUGUUAUGGUUAACAAUAAUGUUCAUGGUGGAUUCAGGCUGGCUUCAGGUAGUUCAAUGCCUAAUACUGGAGCUAUUCCUAAACAACUAAAAACAGAUUCACAUCAAUGGUCUGAUAAUUUGCAACGAAUUGUACAAAAUCAUAAUGCAGGGUUUAGAAUAUUUAUAAUUUUGAGGGGUGCACCUGGUAGUGGAAAGACUAUUUUAGCUAGAAAAAUAAUAGAAUGUGUUACUGGAUCUGUUUCUGAUAAUUUUAAUAUACAUGUUUUUAGUACUGAUAAUUUUUUUAAUGUGAGAGGGCGUUAUCAAUUCAAUAAACAUUAUUUGUCAGAAGCACAUAUUUGGAAUCAAAAUAGAGCGAAAGCAGCAAGCGUAUCCGGUCUUAGUCCAAUUAUUAUUGAUAACACCAAUAUAGAAGAGUGGGAGAUGGAGCCAUAUUUGAGAAUGGGCGUUGAAAAUGGUUAUAUUAUUGAAGUUAUGGAGCCAAAUACACCAUGGUCCAAAAAACCACAGGAAUUGGCAAGAAAGAAUAUACACAAUGUACCAAUAAGGACAAUUCAAAGAAUGUUAGAAAAUUUUCGUCCUUGUACAGUCGAUUAUCUUUUUCGACGUUUUAAAUUAUCGUACCCUAUCAAUAUGAAUCCACCUAUCUUACGUAAAAUACCGAUAGUUGAUAAAGUUCCCUCUUUAUAUAAUUUGAAUUCUUCCACAAAUUCUAUUAAGACUAAUGCAAUAAAUACCUCAACAUUACACCAAAAUGUAAACGAUCAAAGUAAAUGUAGUUUGGUACCUAUUGACAAGAAAACAGUUGAUAUACAGAAGGAAACGAGUAACAUUUCAUUAGGUGACGUUUUUCUGAAUGCUACAGAUAGUGAUAUUGUUCUUGAUCCCAAAAUUGAGGAGCAUGAUGUAUGUAAGAUAUCUAAUGUUUGCAAGACUGAGAAACAUAAUGAGCAUGAUGUGAAUAAUGAUGAAAUGAAACAGAAAAUGGUUUAUCAUAACAUUGAGAAACAUUUAGAAGAAAUUGAAAGAGUUGAAAGGGAAUGGGAAAAUGGAGAAGCAUGGGAUGAUGAUAAUAGUCAAGAAAAUGCUAGCAGUGCAAUAACCAAAACAGAAAGUGUUUUGUCUAAUCAACCUAAAUCACAAAGAUCUAAAUAUAAUGAUGAAGAACUUAUGAGCAUGGUGAAAAAUUGUCCUGACUGGAGUAAAAUAUGCAUGUUUAUGCCGCCCUGGGAUGAUAAUAUCUCUACAAAUUUAGAUAAUAUUAAGACAUCUCCAGAAAUGAGAACUAGUGCCACAUGUAUAGAAUUGGGAGAUAGUUUCAAUGAAAAAAAUCAGUAUAAAGUAAUGAUUGCUACACCAAGAGACAUUAAUUUAUAUCAUAUAAUUCCAAGUAAGGAUAAAAUACCUAACAUGCGUAUGUUGGACAAAAGUACCAUGACAAAUGAACAUCUAAUGAUAGAGAAUUAUAGGUGUAAAUAUGAGGAGCAACAUUUUAAUACAUUUAGGAAAAUGUUUACACAUUUACCUAUAGCUGCUCUAAGGGAUAUUUUCGAUAAAUGUCAAGGUAAUGUUAAUUGGGCAGUAGAAAUUGUUAUUGACGAUGUUAAAAAUAGUAGGAUACAAACAUUGGAUGCUGAAGAUAUGCCUGAUACAAAUGAUACUGUUGAAUGUGAUUGUAUGGUUGCUUAUAAUAUUAUACCUGAUACAAAGAUGCCAAAUUUGUUUUCUACAGAUAUACCCCAAUCACAAACAUCAACUAGUGUAGAUUUACAGACGCGAAAAGCAAAAAAGGAGAGUGUUAACUCUAAAUCGUCCCUACAAAUAAAGCGACAAAUAGAAAGGAAUGUUGUAAUAUCAGAGAACCAUUACUCAGACCAUUGUUUAAGAAUUAGGAAAAUGCGCAGAGGUGAAUUAAAUGAAACAGAUAAUUUGCGGACAACUACAGAAGAAUUAGAAAAUGUACCAGGAACAUCGUCACCUACGACAAAUCAGAAAUUAGUAUCAUCAGUUGAAAAUUACACUAGACAAUAUAGUGAUGAUGAGUCGUCUAAUACAAGUACGGAGGAUAGUGAAUUCGUAAAUAUAAAUUUAGGCAGUGAGUUUGUGAGACAAUUAGAUGAACUGUUUGGCAGAAAGGAUAUGACUUAUCCAGACAACAUAAUUCCAAAGAUUAGUUUACCUAAAUCACUUCUGAAUGAAAUAAAUGCAUUAUGGAUAGAGUCAUUAAUGUAUCAGUUAGAUGAAAAAGAAAAAAAAUCAGAAAUGAUGUUACAAGAUGAAGAAUUUGCCAAACAACUAGCUGCGAAAGAGAAUGAGAUGGCUGUGGCUGGCGAAGAACCUCAAGUACCAGAUUUUAAGGAAAUUAUGGACAUGGAUUUUGCUAUUUCCCUUUAUCAGAAAGAUGUAUCCGCGUGGCGUAGCAAAGAGCCAAGUGAUUUAGCAGCCAAGCUGACUCGGGAGAAGUUGUAUAAUUUAUUUCCCGAAAUAUCACAAGACAUUUUAUCAGAAUUACUUAUGGCGCAUCAUAAUAAUUUUCAAGCUACUGUAGAGGGUUUACUGAUGUCUACAGGAGAAGAAAAUAUUGUGAAAGAUAAAAAUUAUGUGAAUAAAUUUAUAAUGGAGAAGGAAAUGGAACGGCAAGAGAAGCUUUUGGAAGAAGAGAAGAAAGCUCUCGCAGAAACGGAAUGGCCGUUCUUACCGAAGACCGAGAAAAUGGACAUGUCCACUGUAAAUAGUUACCGGGAAGAAGCCGCAAGACAUCUGACGCGCAGAAAUUUGAGUUAUCAGAAGGCGCAAGAAUAUAUGCGUCGUGGGAUGACGGAAGUCGCCAGCUUUUAUUCAAAUGCCAGUGCAUACCACAAGUCGCAGUAUGAGCAAUAUAAUAAUGUAGCUGCCGCCUUGAUUGUACAAGUCCACGCACACAAUAAUCCAAGCAACUCAACCAUUGAUCUCCACUUCUUACGUGUCGCUGAAGCCAAAGAGUCCCUCGAUGUAUUCAUCGACACCCAUAUUCAGAAACUGAAGGAAACCCUAACUCAAAAUAAUCGGGCUCCAAAAUCCCGUAUGCUGUUCUUAAUUACUGGUCGGGGCUUACAUAGUAGAGGCUCGCCUAGAGUUAAGCCCGCAGUGAAAAGGCGGUUACGGGAACGCGGAUUGCGGUACAGUGAACGAAACCCAGGUCUCUUGGUCUCAACCGUAUCCGCAUUUGACAAAUUAUCUCACGAGAUUCAAGACCAUUGAAUUCAAGUAAGAUUCAAAAAGAUCAUCACGUCGCAUAUAGUUAGCGUAAAGCAUUGUUUGCAAGUGAUGAAGAAUGAAGCCAUGCAAGUGUUUGCAUGGCUGUGUUUCGGUUUGAAGAGUGAGAUAUGGCGUGAAAUUACAGGAUACAGAGGAAUAACACCUGAGUCCUCAGAAAUGGCAACGUAUGGGGGAUAUCAUGGGCGAAACAGUAUAUUCUGUUAUGUCCAUGGUACUGCUCAUGUCUAUAGGCGACGGUUACCACUUUCCAUCAGGUGGCCGUCAGCCCCUUGUUUGCCAUUCUAAGUUGUAUAAAAAAAACAUGGAUUCUAAAAUGAUAUUGUGCUGUUGCUGAUACAGAAUAUUUUUCUCUUCACAUGACACGAAGGUACGUAUUGAAGUUAACACCGCCUGCGUAUACUGAUGACGUCAUCCUUUUGGAAAAAUCAAAUAAUUAAUAACUGAAAAUAAUUAUACCGUUUAAAAAUUAAACGAUUUGGUUAUCUUUCCAGUCUGUUAGAUCAUUUGUUGUAAAAGCACAACUGUGAUAUUUUGGUUUAGAUUUUGUAAUGUAAAAGCAACCCAUGUACAUAAUAGUAUAGGUAAAUACAAUCCAAGUGGUUAUAGACCAAAGAUUGAUGCUCAUAUUACUUACAUUAAGUGAAAUAACCUAAAUAAUAUAUAGAGUUUUCGAAGUUUCGAAGCUUUAUUUAAGUAUUAAUUAAUUAUAUUGCAUAUACAAUAAGAGAUUCGUAUAACGAAUACCCAUCAUAAUGAACAAAUUUUCGUCCUAUUUUUAAUGCGUUAAGAAUAAAUGUUUUUACAUUAUAAGGUAAGGUACAUUUGAGGGGUUUGUAGUCAUUUGUAUAAUACACACAAUGUACUAGUAUGUAUAAUAUGCCUGCACUCUGCCUGCUGGUAUUAGCUAUAUGUUUAUAAUAAAAAUGUUUGUAGUUGUAGGUGUUGUUCUAUAUUAUUUUUUCUAUUUUGAACUUUAAACUAACGUUUACAGAAUUCAUUUUGCAUAUUGCAAAAUUAUGCACACUUUUUAGAUGAAGCAAUGCGGUUGCAGUGCUAUGUACGAACGCCUAUAUAUUUUUACGAAUUGACAGCAGUUUCAAGGGAUAUAUAGUGUUAAGAUUGGUAUUGGUAUUGUUGGAGAUUGCCGUAAUAUAUAAAAUGGGGAUGCUAAAUUAUAUAUUUAUAUAUACACACACACACACAUACACACACACGCGCACAUAAUAUAUAUGUGCGUGUGUGUGUGUGUGUGUGUGUAUAUAAUAUAUAAUGCAGAUAAUUUGGUAAUACUUUAUAUAUAUAUAUAUAUAUAUAUAUAUAAAAUAAACAUAUAGAUUAUAAGGUUUUAAAUGUUAUGUAUCAUAUCAUGCUGACAUCGGUGGUCUAGCAGUUUGAUACCGUGCCUUACCUUUCGAUGGUCGGGGAUUCGAUUCCCGCAAAAUACAAAUGUUUGUAUUCUAUUUAGCAGUAUGACUUUGUAUUUGUUUGAUUGUUUUGUAUGUGGAAUAUGUUGAUUUUACAAAAAAAAAUGCGCAUGUUAAAAAAAUAGAGAUAAUAUGUAUAUAAGGAUGUUAUUUAAGUACACAUAAUAUGUAUGUAUAUAAAAAGAAGUAUUUAAGUUUUUUUAUUUGUUCUCUAGUACCUAUACAUACAUAUAUAGUACAUGCUUUACCUAUUUUGGUAUUAGAUAACGCUGUGUCAUUUAGUGGGACUAAAUUGACAUGAACAUAUUUGCUUAGUAGUAUUUAUAUAAGUUUAAUGUAUGAUUAUUGGUAUUUCUAUACUGUACUGGAUGCAGAUUGUAGAUGGUGGAAUCUUUUUGCAGAAGUAGAUAUGAAAUAGCUGAAAGUAGUUGUACUUAGUAUAUAAAAUCCUAUUAAAAUCAUAAUAAUAUUUAUAUCUAAAAAAAAAAAAAAUAAACAACCAAACGGGUGCAUUGUAUACAGACACAAUGAGUAAUGAAGAAGUUACCUUUUUUAGAGGAGCGAUUAAUGAACAAUUAACAGCAUUAUAUUUAGAAUUGUUCUUUGCAUAUGACUAUCCAAAGAGGAAAAUAAUGUUUUUAGGGUUCAUUUAUGAGAGUUUAUUACACAGUAACUUUAAAAACCUGGAAUAGAUAUAGAUGUUAUGGGGUCAGUCAUGUUUGCUGAGCAAAAUGCUUUUGGCUGUAUGUAUGACACGCGAAAUUAUCACUAAUUCAAUAUUAGUCUCAUACUAAUUUAUACAAAAUUUCUGUGCACCAAAUAAGGGAUCAAAAUAUUACCAUUAGAUUUAAAUUGAUAUAUAGUUAAAUUUGUCAUCAUAGUAGUGUUCAAACCUAAAUGUUGUAUUUAUGUGUGAAUUUCAAAAGUUAUUCAAUUACACAGAUAUAUAAGUUGCAGUUAUGUAAUUUUAUUUUUAGGAUAAACUAAAUUGUAGUGAAACUAUCGUUGUUUUUAAAUUUGUUUUUUUAUUAAAAAUACAUUAAAUAUGCUAAUACCUGAUGCACUCGACAUGUCCACUUUUCGAUAAGCAUAUUAGCGGUUGAUUUGAGUUUAUAAUCGUUAAUAUAAUUUACUUAUUAUCAAAUAUUAGGCUGUGUUAAAUGAUGUUUAGAUAAUGUAAGUACUCGUAGUUGAUAAGUUUAUUGAUAAGUUUUCUUAAAAUGUGAUUCAAAAUUCUUGUCAUUUUAACUUUGUUAAAAACUUUAUUAUAACUAUUGACGUUUGUAAGCGGUGAUAUUGUAUCAUUUGGCUAUUAUAAUGAAAUUAGAUGAGAUUAUCUGUUCGACUAUUUAUUUAAAUUUUGUAUUUUGUUUAAAUAUUGAACAAUGUGUUUGCUAAUUGAAAUGACAUCCCUUUAAGAUGGUCUACAUUCAGGGUGCUACUAUACUUAAUUAAUUUGUAAAAUUGAACUUUUUUGUAAAUAUUAAUUAUUAAAUUAUUAUUUAAAAGUAUGAUUUUUAUUAUUUACUAUUAAGUUCAGGUAUUGGAAGUAGUUAAGCAAAAUGUGAGGAUCGGUAAUUAUAUUAAUGGAAAAAAUGGACGUUAUAUAGUCUGGCAAGAUCAGAACAGUUAAUUUUUGAGUCAUUUUCUUAUCAUCAUGAUCAAAAGAGCCUAUUCUAUGCCGUGGCCAUACGUGAUAAUUUUUUUUUAUUAUAUAAUUUUUUAAAAUGUAGUCUUUAACAUUUUGCGUAUUCAUUUCCACAUAGCGCCUGGUAUCAUUGUGUAUAUUUUUAUUUAAUCAAAUGUAUGUUUUCAACAGAUAAUCGACCUUCACAUUCAAAUAUAAGUCGUUAUUUCUCAAAACUUGUAAUUUGUAUUGAAAGCUAUUUUUGGAUGAAAAUUAUUUGCAUUGUGAAAGUGCACCUUCACACCAAUGACAAAAAGUAAUUUCCAAUAAAACCCUUUAAUGAAAAGGAUGCAAACAGUCAUGCUAGCAUUUUUAGUUUUAAUAGUAUUGUAUUAUUUUAUUAUUUCCGAAUGUUAUCUACUGAGAAGAGCUUUUAAGAAACUAUUUUCUAAUAAUUUACAAGGAAAUUCAGCAUUUUGUAUUAUAAUUCCUAUCUAGUAUGUAGGAAAAAUUUAUAUCAAAUUGUAUGUAAUUAAUCUGUGAUUUCAUGUCAGCAUUUAUAUUUGAAAAUAUUUUUGAAUCUUACCCUACAUGUGGGAGUCUUAAAGUAAGUAAAUCGAAUAUAUUUUCUGACUGCUCGAUUCGAUCGAAUUCGAACUUGCAUCUCUCGAUUUGGGCUGAGUGUUUUUUUCUAGUUAAGAAAUGUUACAAGGUACUUCUAAAUUAGCACUUUAUAUUUAAAUAUAUUUAUUCAAGCUCUAGUCUCUGAUAAUGAGUAUAUUGACUGUGAUUUUAACAGGGUUUAAAAAGAAAUCUUUUAAAUCUAAUAAAUACUAAUUAUAGUACAGUCAAUGAAGGCAAAAAUCAGCUACGACCUCCGAUUUCGUUGAACCACUAUAAAUUUGGAUGAAAAUUUGGGAUUAAGUAUGUUUUACCCUCUACUUCAAAAGUGACAUAUGCUGGUCUUGCCUUUUUUGCAUUAUAGGGGUGAAAUCCACCCCUUUUGUUAAAAAUGGGAAAAAUUGCAUAUUUAACCAUUCUGGCUUAAGUAAUUGUGUUUAAUUAGGUAAAAUAAAUGUUUUUUUAAUAUUUAUAUGCGUCA